UCUGUGACCAUGGCUGAGGAGCUGGGCCGCAGGUCCGUGUCGCGGCUGCGGCUUCUUCUGUCGGUUCUGAAGCCUGGGAACUACGUCCCGCGUGCUGGGCCUGCAGCCGCAUUCGGCACCUCAGUAACCUCUGCCAAAGUGGCUGUGAAUGAUGUCCUCUUGCAUUAUCAGCAGACUGGAGAGGGAGAGCAUGCGGUCCUGCUGCUUCCUGGAAUGUUGGGAAGUGGAGAGACUGAUUUUGGACCUCAGAUUAAGAACCUCAAUAAGAAGCUCUUCACAGUGGUUGCCUGGGAUCCUCGAGGAUAUGGACAUUCCAGACCCCCAGAUCGAGAUUUCCCAUUGGACUUUUUUGAAAGGGAUGCAAAAGAUGCAGUUGAUUUGAUGAAGACACUGAAGUUUAAGAAGGUGUCCCUGUUGGGGUGGAGCGAUGGUGGUAUUACAGCACUCAUAGCAGCUGCGAAAUAUCCAUCUUACAUCAACAAGAUGGUGAUCUGGGGAGCCAAUGCCUACGUGACUGAGGAAGAUGAAACCAUUUAUCAGGGUAUCAGAGAUGUUUCUAAAUGGAGCGAGAGAACAAGAAAACCUCUAGAAACCUUAUAUGGGUAUGACUACUUUGCCAAAACCUGUGAGAAGUGGGUGGAUGGCAUAAAACAGUUUAAACGUCUUCCAGAUGGGAAUAUCUGUCGGCACUUGCUGCCCCUGGUUCAGUGCCCCACCUUAAUUGUGCACGGGGAGAAGGAUCCUCUGGUCCCACGUUUCCAUGCCGACUUCAUACACAAACAUGUGAGAGGGUCACGGUUGCAUCUGAUGCCAGAAGGCAAACACAAUCUGCAUCUACGUUUUGCAAAUGAAUUCAAUAAGUUAGCAGAAGACUUCUUGCAAUAAAAACACCCACGAGAACUGCUGGGAUCUGUGCAUUC